CUAAAUUAAAAAUUUGAAUUCAUACAAUUUUAAAUUGAAAUGCUCAUGAGAUUAUCAAGGAAUUGAGCAUCUAAUUUUUAUCUUAUGUUGUAGAAUUUUAUUUGGAUUGUUGAAUUGCAAAUAAUAUGUCGCUGCUUACGUCCGAGUGGGUUCCUUAUGGAACUGAAAAUUACUUCAGGAAACUUGAAAUGUAUUCGGAUAUGUAUUGGUGUAAUGAAAUAGAUAUUAGCACAUCUGUUGUAAUUGCGGCCCCUUGUGGAGGACCAGUUAUUGUUAUACGCGAUAGAACAAAAUUGGUAUCUAUAAAAACAGUUGGAAAGCCAAUAAUUUCUGUUUACACAUCAUCUGGAAAAAUUAUUUCGUCUUUUGUGUGGAGUUCAGGUCAUUUAAUCAAUUUAGGAUGGUCAAAUAAUGAAGAAAUAUUAUGUUGCCAAGAUGAUGGUUUGGUUUUAAUGUAUGAUUUGUUUGGAAACUACCAGCAUACUUUUAGUAUGAUUAAGGAUCGACAAGGUAUUAAAUUAUUAGAUGCAAGAAUUACGAGUAACUUUACAAGAACUAUAGUUGCAGUAUUGACAGAAUCAUUCAAUAUUUAUGUUAUGAAUGAUAUUACAAAAGUAAAAGUUCAUAUUUUACCAGAUAUUCCAGAUAUGAAUAGUUUUCCUAAUUUAUGGGAAAUAGUAUUAUUAGAAAGACAAACAAGUGUAUUGAUUUCAACAAAUCACUCUUUGUAUUCUGUUUCUCAUGCUGAAUGCAAACAACAAUUUAUUGGAUUUAAUGACACAGAUUAUAACAGUGAUAUAAGUCUUACAAAUUCAAUUAAGAAAAUCUCUAUUUCAGCAGAUCACAAAUAUAUUGCUUUAUUAAAUAAUGACAAUAUAAUAUGGAUUGGAUCUUCAGAUUUACGAAAAGUUUAUAGAAUUUAUAGAAAAUCUUUUUCUAGUUCCAUUGAUCAAAUGGCUUGGUGUGGGACAGAAGGAAUAGCACUGUAUUUUAGAUCAGAAGAAACAGUGAUGAUUAUUGGUAAAAUUGAGGAUCAGGUAUCUUUUAUCUAUACCGAUCCUAUUUGUUUAGUAUCAGAAAUUGACUGUGUUCGAGUAAUAGGAGCGUUUUCAAAUGAUAUGUUACAAUUAGUACCUCAUUAUGUACAAGAAAUUUUUCGUAUUAAUAGUACUAGCCCCAGUUCUUAUUUAGUUGAGGCGUCUAAGCAAUUUGAGAGACGAAACCACCGAGCAAAUGAAUAUAUACAUUUAGUAAAUCAAAUGUUAGAAACUGCAGUAGACCACUGUAUCAAAGCUGCAGGACUUGAAAUUGAUACAACAACACAAAAGUUAUUAAUGAAAGCUGCUCAAUUUGGAAAAACAUUUCUGCAAAACUGGAAUCCAGAACCAUAUUUAAGUCUCUGUAGAUUACUAAGAGUUCUAAAUGCCGUCCGGGAUCCAAAAAUUGGUAUUUCUAUAACAUAUCCUCAGUUGCAAAACAUAUCAGUACAGACAUUAUUGGAUAAACUUGUUGGUCAACGGCAUUACUAUUUAGCUUUACAAGCUUCCUCUUACAUUCGCAUGUCCAACAAUUUAGGAUUCAGCCGUAUUUUAACUCAUUGGGCCAAGUUUAAGGUAAAACAAACACAAGUAGAUAAAGAACAAUUAGCAAUUACAAUUGCUGAUAAACUUGGAAAAUAUUCUGGAGUUUCAUAUCAUAGUAUUGCAGAGAUUGCUGCAAAUAGUGGCAGAAUACAACUUGCUAUAAAACUUUUAGAUUAUGAAACUCAAGUCAAUUUGCAAAUUCCACUGUUAUUAAAAUAUCAACAAGAUAGCAUUGCCCUGAAAAAAGCUGUUGAAAGUGGAAAUACUGAUCUUGUUUAUAUGGUAUUACUUCAUAUGCAAACAUCUAUGCCACUUGGAAAAUUUCAAAUGGAAAUAAAAAAAAGUUCUGUUGCUCAAGCUCUUUUCAUAAAAUAUUGUCAUCAGCAAUCAGGGUAUUCACUAUUGGAUAUGUACACUCAAGAAGAUAAUCACGAAAAGUUGGCACUUUAUCAUAUCACUGAAGCGAUUAAAUCAAAUAACACUAAAGAAAUGUCCGUAUCAAUUAAUGAAGCUAUUAACUGUUAUAAAAGAACACGAGAUGAAUUUUCAUUGACUACUUGUGAAAGUCAUAUAAAGUUAAUACGAUAUCAAAGCAGUUUAGAAGAAAAAUUGAAAAAUAAUUUUCGUAAUUUGACAUUGCAUGACACUCUUCUAAAGUUAAUAGAAAUAAAUGAACUGAAACUUGCUGAUAAAUUACGUUCAGAGUUCAAAGUCCCUGAAAGAAGAUUUUGGUGGGCUCGAUUAACUGUACUAGCAAAGCAAGAAGAUUGGAAUGAACUUGAAAAGUUAUCAAAAUUGAAAAAGUCUCCUAUUGGAUAUGAGCCGUUUAUAGAUGUCUGUAUUGAGCAUGGAAAUAAAUAUGAAGCAUUAAAAUAUUUACCUAAAGUAAGAGAUGAUCUUAAACAAAAUUAUAGCACUAAAGUAACAUCAAUGCCUUAAACUUGUUCCUAAUCAAAAUGUUCUAUUGAUUUAUAAAAAAUAGGCUUACCUCUAUCAUUUUAAACCAUUAGAUUCAAUGAAUGUCUAUAUUUUUAAAUUAUUUUCAUCAUGUAAMAUGUAUAAUAAUUGUCCUACUAUUUAAGAAUAUUUUAACCAACAUGGAUGAUUAACACAUAUAUUUACAUGAGAUUAAUAAAGUGAUGCGUCUUGCAUCAAACACCUGCUAUAAGCCUAUUUUAAAAACUUUUGUUCAAAUUAAUUCUUAUGACAUUUCUGUGGUACGGCUUAUUAUGUUGUAAAUAAAUAUUAAUAUUGCAAUACAUUAUUAAUUUUUUUAGUAUACAGGGUGUCCCGUAAGGAUAUACCUACGGCUGUAGAGAGUAUUUGUUACCAACACAAAAACCAGUUUUUUGCCAUUUUAACUAUAAACUAAAAAAAUUAUUAAAAAUCAUGAUAUUAAUGAAAUUAAAAU